AUGGCUAAGCAUGUUGGUAAGAAGUUUACUUGGGUGAUAAAGAACUUCUCCUCUUUGCAAUCUGAGAAACGUAUUUAUUCUGUUCCGGUCCUGAUUGGUGAUUGUGCGGAAGCUUCAUCAGUAGAGGAAAAUAUGAUUGUUAAUGGGUUUCAUGUUCUUCCUUCACAGGUAUGUAGACAUCCAGACAUUGCAGUCGGCUUCCGCGCAAAGAGCCAACAUCUAAGGACAACAUACAUGAAUUUCUUGCUUAGCUUAUUCGAAACGCUGUGCAAGUCACUUCAGGAGCUUACCAAUGAAGAUCUUGUGGAUGCAGACAUUUCGUUGACAUACUUGAAAUAUGUGAGCUUUAAGGUGGAUUGGUUGGAGAAGAAGCUGGAACAAGUGAAAGAAAAGAAAGAGAAAGAGCAGUCUGCUUUGGCCAAACUUCAAGAGCUGGAUGCUCAAGUGGAGGAGCAGAAGGCAGAGUUGUCGGUUACGAGAACUCCUCUGUCAUUCGAUGAUAUUGUUUGA